ACAAGCUCCUCUUUCUCCCUUGACUAAAUGAAACAUCAACUUCCCACCUACGGUGAAAUAAUCACCAUCCUUAGCAUUGAUGGAGGUGGGAUUAGAGGGAUCAUACCAGGAACCAUACUUGCUUUUCUUGAGGCUCAACUUCAGAAACUGGAUGGUGAGGAGGCGAGACUUGCUGACUAUUUUGAUAUCAUUGCUGGGACUAGUACCGGCGGCCUAGUGACUGCCAUGAUAACAGCCCCGAACGAGAAGAAUCGUCCUCUUUUUGCUGCAAAAGAUAUAAAGGACUUUUAUCUUGGACACUGUCCUAAAAUUUUCCCCCAAGACACAUCGCCAUUUGCAGCUGCUGCAAGUUUGAUGAAAACUAUGGCAGGGCCGAAAUAUGAUGGUAAAUAUCUGCAUAAGCUCUUAAGAGAAAAGUUGGGAGAUGCAAGAUUGAGCCAGACACUGACCAACGUUGUGAUCCCAACUUUUGACAUCAAGCAACUCCAGCCAAAAAUCUUCUCCACCUAUGAGCUGAAGAUUAACCCUUGGAAAGAUGCUUUGCUCUCGGAUAUAUGCAUUGGAACCUCCGCAGCUCCAACUUACCUACCAGCUCACUAUUUUAAAACCGAAGAUUCUAAUGGUGUAGCAAAAGAAUUCCAUCUCAUUGAUGGUGCUGUUGCUGCAAACGAUCCGGCUUUAGUUGCUGUAAGCGAAAUGACCAAAGAAAUCGUUCGCAGAGCCCCUAAAUACUUUCCAAUAAAACCAACAGACUAUUCUAAGUUCGUGGUUAUAUCUUUGGGCACUGGUUCAGCCAAAUCGGAAGGGAAGUUUGAUUCAGAGAACUCUGCCAAAUGGGGAAUUUUGGGAUGGUUGAGUAGUGAAAACUCUUCUCCAUUGGUCGAUGUUUUCACCCAAGCAAGCAGCGACAUGGCUGAAUAUCACCUUGCCGCUGUUUUCCAAGCCUUUCAAUCUGAAAAUAGUUAUCUCCGUAUCCAGGACGAUACACUAGAGGGUCCACUUGCAUCUGUGGAUAUUUCUACUAAAGAAAACUUGGAGAAUCUUGUGAAAGUUGGAGAAGAUUUAUUGAAAAAACCAGUUUCAAGGGUGAACUUGGAGACUGGUAAAUUUGAGCCCUGUAACCAGGGAACAAAUGAAGAGGCUCUCAUAAGAUUAGCAGAAGUUCUUUCCAUGGAGAAGCGGCUUCGCGACAUGAGAUCACCUCUUGGAAACUUUGCGAUGAAGGAGAAUAAAGGAUGCGCUCAGAUUAAUAACACAAUGACCUAAUUUAGUUAGUUUUAAACGUAGGUGGUCUCCAAUGCAAAGUCAAGUAUAAUUGCUAGUAGUUAAUGAUGACGAUCUAAGUUGACCGGUAGACGGUUAAUCCCAUACCAAGACCCGCCUUUAUCAAGCCAUUACAUAAGUCGAAAAUGAAGUGUGUCAUUUUCAACUCGUUUGAUCUUCUUGCCUAGAAUGGAAGUGUUUUUGCAGAGGCAAAC